CCAGAGGUGAACGGGCAUGGAGCGGCCGGCGGCCGGGGAGCUGCAGGGCGCCGAGGCGCUGCGGAGCUUCCAGGGGCUGCUGCUCGACCGCCGCGGCCGGCUGCACGGCCAGCUGCUGCGCCUGCGCGAGGCGGCCCGGCGCCUCCAGCGCCUGCGCAGACGCUCCCAGGUGGCCCGCGUGGCCGGCAGCUCGCUGAGCGCCGCGGGCGCCGUCACCGCGCUCGUGGGGCUCUCGCUCAGCCCGGUCACGCUGGGGGCCUCGCUCCUGGCGUCGGCCGUGGGGCUGGGGGUGGCCACCGCCGGAGGGGCCGUCACCAUCACGUCCGACCUCUCCCUGAUCUUCUGCCACUCGCGGGAGGUGCGCCGGGUGCAGGAGAUCGCGGCCGCCUGCCAGGACCAGAUGCGCGAGCUGCUGGGCUGCCUCGACUUCUUCUGCCGCUGGCAGGGCCGCGGGGACCGCCAGCUGCUGCAGAGCGGGAGGAACGCCUCCAUGGCCCUGUACAACGCCGUCUACUUCAUCGUCUUCUUCGGCUCGCGCGGCUUCCUCCUCCCCCGGCGGGCCGAGGGGGCCACCAGGGUGAGCCAGGCCGUGCUGAAGGCCAAGAUUCAGAAGCUGGCGGAGAGCCUGGAGUCCUGCACGGGGGCUCUGGACGAACUCAGUGAGCAGCUGGAGUCCCGAGUCCAGCUCCGCACCAAGUCCAGACGUGGCCACGACCUCAAGAUCGCUGCCGACCAGCCCUCGGCGCUGUUUUUCAGAGAACAUCCUUUCUCCUAAGGACCGAGGCCAGAAAGCACCCCUGUGGGAUGCUCUGGAAUUUUAGCUCCCUCGGGAAACGCCCAGCUGCGUGAGGAGCUGAGUGCAAAGGAUAAGAAACUGUGCUGGAGGGGAAGGGUCCUCGCAGCCCUUCUUUUCCUGUCACCGUGACAUUCUGCUGAGGACUGUCUUAUUUUCUGAUCCUCCUGGAAUAGGUGACCUGAAAACUGUUUUUCCUUGAUCAGAACCGUCCAGUCUUUACAUUACUGGGCACUCGGGUUUUAAGUUGUUGGGUGGUCCCUGCCCCUGCCCAGGUGGUUUGAGCUGAGGCUGGAGAGGGUGCAGACAUGGCCAUCCUUUGGGUCCUCUCUAAGCUCUGCUUGGCUUGGAGGCUCUCAGAUGGCCUUAGUGGGGAGACACAAGCUUAAAGCCUCUCUUCCAGUCUCUGAGUACAAAGACCUCCAGAAUCCAGAGCAAAGUGACCCCCUCUGAACAGUGUAGGAGGGUUCAGGAUCCAAGAGAGGCCAAGGAAGAUGAAGUGACUUACAGCUUCAUGUACUGACUUCCUGGUGUACAGAAAGAGCAAUGGCUUUGAGUUAGAUAGUCCUGGGUUUCUUACGUACCCUGUCACUACUGUGUGAUCUUGGCCACUUAGUCUCUCUGAGACGUGGCUUCCUGGUCAGUCAAAGAGAGAUGCCAAACCCUUACUCUGUUGUGAGUCGUAUGUGCGAUACAGUGCCUAGCACAAUGUCUGGCUCAUUAAGAGUAGCCCCUGGAUUGGCAGUAUCAGCAUCACCGGGGAAUUUGUUAGAAAGGCAAAUUCUUGGACUCAGCCGCUGACUUGUGGAGUUGGAAACUCUGGAGGUGCAUUUAAACAAGCCCCUGGGUGAUUCUGAUGCCUACUAAAGUUUGAAAAACACUGCAACAGAUGUUCGUUUCUGAUCCCCUCAAUGAGCUUUCACGCAAUCUCAGGGCCUCUCUAGGAGCUUCAUGGUCUUCAAACUGAAGAUCAAGGACAGACUGUCCCAGAAGUAAAAGAUGUGUGUGCAUUGAUCAAUGCAUCUUGGGGCACCUUGCCAUCAUGUUAGCUAAGGGCUGUAACAUAAGAAGCCCUUUAGAGGGCAGUGUUGCCCACUCAUUGUAGAAACUGGUACAGAAAGGAAUGUGAAUUUAUUGGAAAUUGGUCUUCAUUACCUUCUCUGAAAACUGCUAGACCAUGUAUUUUUUUAUUUAUUUUAAGUUUUUUUAUUUAUUUACUUUUUAUUAUUUGCAUUUAAUUUUAUUUAAUCAUGACAUUUAGGAAAUAAUAGGAAUAGCAAGUGAUUGAAUGGGAGACUACUGAGGCUCUUUUCACGAGAUGAGGUUGAGUUUGACUUUCUGAGGCCGGUCGUGCGUUCUCCUUGAAUAAGUCUUCCCACGUGAAGUAAAUGUGGGAAGUUCUGAAUAGAAAGACCCAGAGCUGAGUUUAAGCUUAUAAAUGGAGGCUUGACUUGCAGGAUGUGGAAAUGAUGUAGGCAUAUUUAACCCGAAGGUACUUUGCCAGCAGAUAACACUUGACCUGAAAGGAGAAUCUGUUUAGCCCUGGGUUCUGAACUACUUUUCAGGGGAAAGCAAGACAAUUAAAGGCAUGUGAAGGAAGCACUUAGACCUCGGGAGCCUGAUGUCCUGUAACAUUGUCUUAUGGGUUAUAAACAAAAUAGCUUGUGUGAUGGUGGCGAUGUGUCAUAUUUUCACAUUGGGGGCUGUAAAAAGUCUGUAAGCUGUCUCUAAGAAAGAAAAUAUAAUUUCACUUUCCAUUCCUACAACUGUAAUGUUGAAAAAUAGGUUGAAAAGUCUUUGAGGCUACAUACACAAAAACUUGGCUGUAUGAUUAAUGAUUUAGCAGGCUUCAAAUUGGUUCCGUUUUCUCCCAGGCUUCCCAAUGAUGGCCGUGUGUCUGAGGAAGUACAAUGUCAGUGCUGGGGUGAGGUGGUUGGUGGUUCUAAAUUUAAUUUUACCUAUAAAUUUCAAUCUAUGUGUAUCCUGGUUUGUUUUCAAGUUGGUACUGGUUUCUUUUUAAACUGGUGUCAUUUCCUAGACUACCCUGCACAGAUGCUAGCAUUUUAGGUCACCAGAAUGUACUUCAUGUUGUCAUUUUGUGCUGUGUCAUAAAGGUACAACCACUCCCUAACUCCAUCUUCUAUUAAUGCUUAAGUUUGAAUUAUAUUCUUCUAGUGCCUAAGCUGUUCCCUAGAAAUAUAUGGGGCACUUUUGGCAGCAGCAGCAAACAUUUCCUAUCAUUAGGGUAUUUUGACUAUAUCAAAGUCCUAGGCCCACUUUACAUCUAAGGAAGAGUGUCUACUUUGGAACAACACUUUGAAUAAUAAUUAUUCAAAUGCAUUUGAAUGAUUUAAUGAAAUGCUUAGCUAUUUUAAUAGGAAUUUAUCGAUAAUGAAAGACUAUCCAUCCUCUACAUGCCUGUUAUAAAGACUGGAGCCUCUAUCAGGAUUUAGUCAAGUUCAGUUCAAUGGAUCCUAGAGACAAAUAUUUAUUUCUUUUGUGGGAAUGUGAAUAAGGCUUUUCCUUAUUGCCUACAUGCUACAAACAAGCAGAUUGUAAUGGUAUGUUGCAACAAGAAGGAGGGAAAGGAGUAUUUAGAUCACAAGCAUACUCCAGAAAAAUGUUCCGAGUUUGAAAAAUAAACGUGUUUGUACUAAAGGCUUA